AUGGAAUCUCAUAGCUGGAUUUUUCAGAAUAUAAAGAAUACCACAUGUAAUGCUGUUCUAUAUACAAUUUUUAUUGAUGUGGAUCCAGCUGUUUCUGCGGCAAUUCGUGAUGAGUUUCCUACAACAAAAUCUCUUUAUUGUAUGUUUCAUAUCUCUCAAAAUCUAUUUUCAAAUCUUAAAAGCUGCCUUGGAAAUCAAUAUAAUGAAUUUAUUCAGGAUUUCUACGAAAUGCAAAAAUCACUAUUUGAGGUUAUGUUUGAGUAUAAAUGGACACAGUUGGUUAACAAAUAUAAUAAUAAUAAGAUCGUUACUGGGAUGUCCUCAACUUCUCAAGUAGAAAGCUACAAUGCAAAAAUAAAGCUCUUAAUUUUUAAUACAAAUACAACACCUUUGAGGCUUGCAGAUGUGUUGUCAACAUGUAUACGUGAAGAAGACAUAAAAACAGAAUAUUCUCUUUUUUGUGUCUCAGUCCUCAGAGUUAAUCUUAAUGAUUCUAACCUGUUCAAUAAUGAAAACCUUAUUACUAUUAUUGCAAAGGCUUCUCUUGACCUUGUUGAUACUAAGACACAUAGUGAUCAGUCAUGUGAAUCUUUUAUAGUCACCCCAAAAUUUAAGAAAGAUAUUAAUUCAAGUAAUCAGUUCAGUAUGAAUAUAAGUUAUUUUAAUAUGCUAAAUAAAGAUCAUUCGGAUAUGGUACAAGAUAUCAAAGAAGGAUUUAUUGAAGAGUGUCAGUUAUAUG